AUGGCUUACAAUUCAAGCUCCUACACUACUGGCAUGGAUAGAACAGCAAGAUCAGAAGAGGUUUGCCUUAAAUUCCCACCCAAAGUCAUCUCACCAGGCUUGGCUGCAUUGCUUGUUCAAAAGGACAAACUUGGUAAACUCAUGGACUAUUCUGGGCCAAGACUUCAUUUUCAAAUGGUGGUCAUUUUUGUUCUCACUCAAAUCAACCAUAGUUUACUAAAGCUCUUUGGUUUGCCAUUGUUCAUCUCCCAGCUCCUUGCAGGGAUACUAAUGAGUCCUGUGAUAGUCAGUGAUGAGCAUUCAUUGGUUACCAUAUCAGAGGAUAGUGUUGCAGUUUUAGGGUCAGUGGGAGCAUUAGGGUUUAUGUUCUUCAUGUUCUUAAGUGGGGUAAAAAUGGAUCUUAGGUUAACAUGGAAAUCUGGAAAAUUGGCCAUAGCUAUUGGUUUGUUCCCCGUGUUGGUAUCAUUGAUAUUUUGGUUGAUGACAGUCAAGACACUUCACCCAGAAGGCAAUGUGUUUUCCAACAAAAUCUUUCACCUUGCGGUAACGUAUUCUGGGACGUCAUUCCCGGUCAUACAUAGCCUUCUCAGCGAGCUGAAGAUACUUAAUUCGGAACUCGGCAGGCUCGGAUUAUCCGCGGCACUCAUAGGCGACAUGGUGACAUUAUUGCUCACCAUGUUUAGCGUAUGGGUCAAUACCGGGAUCCAAAAGGGCAGCAAAGAUGUUCUAUUUGAUGUUGGAAUGGCUAUGCUCUAUGUUUGUAUCCUCGUAUUCGUUUUACGGCCCGGUAUGAAAUGGAUGGUGAAACGUACACCUGAAGCUGGCCAAAUCAAAGACACUUGCUUUUAUAUCAUCAUUUUGGCCUUCAUGAUAUCACCUAGGUUUACUGAACUAUUUCGUGUAUAUUUUUUAUAUGGUCCAUUUAUUUUCGGAUUGGCUGUACCGGAUGGUCCGCCAUUAGGGUCAGCAUUGGUUGAAAAGCUAGACCCUGUUGUUAUGGGCUUGUUUAUGCCUAUAUUUGCUACAACAUGUGGUAUGAGGUUUGAUUUAUCUUACUUUAAAUACUCUACCAAAUAUGCAUAUCAUCAAGCCGUUGGAGCUGUGGUAAUAUUGAUUAUCAAAUUUGGGGUCUCUUUAUUGUUGCCUUUAUUAUGCAAGAUGCCCACCAGGGACUCUUUUGCACUUGCUUUUAUAAUGAUAUCGAAAGGGAUUGUCGAGAUCGGUUCUUACAGCAUCAUGAAUGAUUCUAGAAUUAUAUCGGAGGAUAUAUUCGCUCACUUGACUAUUGUAAUCAUUAUUGUGGCAAGCAUUGUGCCAAUAGCCGUGAAAAAGCUUUACGACCCAUCUAAGAAGUAUUUAUGUUUUCAGAAACGGACCGUCAUGAAUUCCAGGUUGAACCAAGAGUUGCGAAUGAUCGGUUGCGUUCACGUGCCAGGUAAUGUUAAUUCCAUUAUCAACCUAUUGAACGCCUCUUGUCCGACUAGGGAAUGUCCGAUUGCUUUGGAUGUACUUCACCUUGUGAAGCUUAGCGGACAAGCCACGCCGCUAUUCAUCGCUCAUCACCACCAACAGAAAGCGUCAUCUAACAAAGAGUACUCUGACAAUGUCGUGGUCGCGUUCAAACAGUUCGAGCGGGACAACUUGGGAGCUGUAUCUGUAAACGUUUUCACUGCGGUCUCUCCAUCGAAUUUGAUGUACGAAGAUACAUGCAACCUCGCCAUGGACCGCCUCACAUCCUUUAUAAUACUUCCGUUUCACCGUAGGUGGUACAGUGACGGGACCAUCGAAUCAGAAGAUCAAACCCUAAGAAGCCUCAACUUCGACAUCCUCGAACGAGCACCUUGCUCAGUAGGGAUCCUCGUCGAAGGACGUCGCAAUAUAAAAGGCUCCAAUUCCAAAGACACACUAUCACCAUCCAACUCCUCAUCCUACGCCAUUGCUGUAAUUUUCCUAGGAGGCGAAGACGAUAGGGAGGCUCUAGCAUUAGCUAAACGCUUUUCGCAAGACGAAAGCGUUAGCCUCACCGUAAUCCACCUCAAAGCUGUGGACAGCUUAGAGUUCUUCCUAGCCGAAGAUGAACGAAUGCUCGACAAAGAGAUAUUGAAAGACAUCAAAGCAAGUGUGCUCUUAACGUACAUCGAGGAACAUGUAAAAGACGGACCCGAAACAUCGACUUUUCUUCGAUCCAUCGUCAAAGACUACCAACUUAUUAUUGUUGGGAGAAGAUACAGGAGUGAAGAUGCAAUAACCUUAGGUCUAGAAGAAUGGUGUGAAUUUCGGGAGAUUGGGAUAAUUGGAGACUUGCUUUCAUCUUCAGAUUUCAUUGGUAAUUUUUCUUUGUUGAUUGUGCAACAACAACGAAAAAGGAAUGGUUAA